GUCUCAAGAAACCAAAGCCGCUGCCAACGAUGUUCAGAAGAAAGUGAACAAGUCUGCUGACAAGACUGAAAAGGAGCUGGAUUCCUUGGCUCAUCAAACCAAAUCGAAGAUUGACGAGGUUUCCAACAACCUUUCUAAGAAGGUGGAUGAUUUCAAGGAUGACUUGCCAGAGAGAGAGGCCAAAGUCAAGGAGUACUUCAGAAGGGCUUACAAUUGUGCUGUGGGUACUGCCAGUAGCCUCUACACAACCACCGUGGAGACAGUGAAACAAAACCCGGUCACCACCUCUCAGCUCUUCCUUGCCCUUGUUGGAACAGCAGGAGCUGUUUGUGCUCUUUCAACUGACCCUGAGAUCUUCAACAAAUGGAUCUGUAAAAGAGAGAACAAGGCAUUGGCUGGCGGAAUAGCAGCCACCUUUGCUGUUCUAGACGGUCUCUUCAUCUCUUAUGUCAAGCAGAAGAAAUAAAGGUAACUGAGAUUGCGUAUACGGC